AUGAUCGACGGCACCGUGAAGCUCUACUCGGGCGUCUAUUACGACAACCCUCUGCUCACGAUCAACAUUAACUACCCGAAUCAAUGUUACAACAUCGACUGUAACUUUCUCGCCAACAAGGUCGAAUCUGCGAGGUGGGGCGACCUCCCGACAACGGGCAUCGACGGGAAGGCAUACAUCGUCUUCUACGCAGAAUCCGGCUGCGAAGGGAACAGGGCGACCAUCACACUCCCUCAUAACGGCGGCAUUCGCGACUUCAGCCCCAACAAAGUCCAAGGUGUUAUCAAAUCUUUCGCGGUGUUAUCCGUAACGAAGCUUGUGGACAACGGGUUUUCCAACAUUUGCAUGUGGACUGGGUCGAAUGUUGUCGGUGGAUAUGUCUCGCAGAGUGACACUCUCCACAUGGUCAACGCGACGGUCUCCUAG